AUGGGGACCGUGGUGCUGGCACUGUCCCUGCUGAGCACGGCUCUCCUGUGCCCAGCCACCGCCGUGCUGCGCAUCGGCGCCUUCAACAUCCAGGCAUUUGGGGACAGCAAGAUGUCUGAUGAGAGCGUGGCAGGUGUCAUCAUCAAUAUCCUGCGCCGCUACGAUGUUGUGCUGGUGCAGGAGGUGCGUGACUCUGAUCUCAGCGCUGUCACCGAGCUUCUGGAGCAGCUCAACAGUGUGUCCUCAUCCCCAUAUGACUACGAGAUCAGCGGGCCCCUGGGACGGGACAACUACAAGGAGAUGUACCUCUUCAUCUACAGAACAGACGUCGUGUCGGUGGUGGACACCUAUCAGUACGAGGAUCCACAGGACAUCUUCAGCCGAGAGCCGUUCAUCCUCAGGGUGUCAGCACCCCACAGCAAAGCGGAGGAGUUUGUGAUGGUGCCAUUGCACUCAGCCCCGCAUGAUGCUGUUGCUGAGAUCGAUGCCCUCUACGAUGUCUACCUGGCUGUGGUCAACAAGUGGGGGACAGAUAACAUCAUGUUCCUGGGGGACUUCAAUGCUGACUGCAGCUACGUGAAGCAGAGCGACUGGGCCUCCAUCCGCCUGCGCAGCAGCGACGUCUUCAAGUGGCUGAUCCCAGACAGCGCCGACUCCACUGUGGGGAAGUCAGACUGUGCCUAUGACAGGAUUGUGGUGUGCGGAGCCAAGCUGAAGCGGAGUAUCGUGCCAAACUCAGCCGCUGUGUACAAUUUCCAGCAUGCUUUCCAGCUGGAGCAGGAAGAGGCCCUGGCAGUCAGCGACCAUUACCCUGUCGAGGUGAAGCUGAUGGCUUGA